UGUUUGGUAUUGGAGCGCGUUGGCGGCGGCCAUGACAGGCGCAGUUAUAAAUUCGCGCGUUUAAUUGACUUAUUAUGUUCCAACUGGCUACCAGGAUUAUUGUGCGGAAGUUUUUGGUCCUUAUUAAGUUAAUUGGUCGCCGUAAGAGCCCGUUCCUGUUUCUGCCGCUCCUGGUGUCAUUACUGGUGCUGUGGCCCACAAUAUGGUGGUUUGCGGAGCAGACCAGUCAGACCCUGAUGGUGCCACCUCCUCUAGAACACGCCCUCGACCACUACAGGAGAAACCGGAGCUUGCAUCAUUAUUUAUCCAAUAUCCAAACCCUGAUAGAGCCAUCAUGGACGCCCUGCGAGAGCCUGGACGAGGUGCCAGUCGUGGUGCUGGUCACCAGUUCUCCCCACAACCUUGCGAAUCGCCAGGCCGUGCGGGAUACCUGGGCCAAGCAUCAGCCUACGUACUUCGUGAUGGGACUCAUCGGGAACGAUGUGGAUGAUCAGCUGGUAGACUCAUACAUAGAAGCAAAACAGUUCGGAGACUUGAUCGUCUUCGAUUUCCACGACCAUUACCAAAACCUGACGCUGAAGACUGCUCUGAUGAUGAAGUGGACCCUCCGCCGCUGUCCUCAGGCGCAGUUCAUGUUCAAGACUGAUGACGACGUGCUCGUCAAUCCGUGGAUGUUGAAAAAGGUGAUUAAGGAGAAUGGUGAUGCGAGUUUACUUGGCUACAGUAUAAACGGCACUCAGUUGAACAGGAGCGAGUACAGCAAGUGGUUCAUCCCGCGCUGGCUGCUCAGUGAUGACCGCGUCUCCAAAUAUCUCAGCGGCACUGGAUACCUCAUUAGUGGAGACUACAUAGAAGCAAUCCUAAAAAAAGCCUACAACAUACCAAUAGUGAAUCUAGAAGACGUCUACUUCACAUACCUAGUAGCCCACAAGCAGUUGGGGCUGGUCCUCACUCACGACAGGAGACUGUCUCCCUACAAACCCUGGCUGAAGACCAGCUGCCUCUACUGGGAGUUCGCGUCUAUCCACAGUUUGAGCCCGGACGAGAUGGUCUCAUCGUGGAGUAGACUGAAAAGACUAGUAGACCGGGGUAAUGGAACUAAUGAGUGUUGGUUCUUUGAGUCGUAUUUGGGAGAUUAUAGUGAUGUGGUGUUGUAUUGAAGAUGGUCUUUUGAAAAAUUUUGAUAGUCUAUUUUGUGAGUGGUUUUGAAUUUGUCUUGAUGGCAUAGAGGCUAAUGGUCUUGCAUCAAAGUUGUGGUAUAUGCAAUGAAUGUGGGUUAAAAAGGCUGAAUUAUUAAUGUUUGAUUGAAGAAGUGCCUUAGAGUAAUAAAAUUAAUGGGGUUUUACA